GGCUUUAGAACAGGAACGAAAUAAAAUAAGUCCGUAGGACUUGAAAGGGCACACUUAAAAAAAUAAUAAAAAUAAAAAGUUAUCUUAAGAAUACAGCUCUUAGACCAGGAUCCGCCGAUUCGACACGGCACUGGUAGCGGGAAGCUGUUCCCGCCAAGACGCGAAAGGGUUUGUUCAUUGCUGAUGGAGAAAGACAGUGCACUGACCCAGUCAACUGAAGUUUCUUGAACAUCCACGAGUCACGGAUGAGGGCAAUUAUGAUUUUUUGUUUUGUUUUGUUUCUUUUGUGUGUGUGUGUGAAUCACAUAUCUCUUUGAUUAUGGUGUGACUAGUUUUACUAGUAAACUGAGGAAGCCAUUUAGUGUUUGGAACACCUGCCAAGCCAGUUGCCCAGGAACUGUGGUUGGAUUUGUGCAUUAUUUGGACAAUUGUCCACUUGAAAGAGGAUUGACAGUAGCUUCAUAACAAUUUUACAAAGCUCAUUCUAAGAUUAACCUGUUGAACAUGUACUUCCCAUUAAUGCUUAAUUUUCAAGCUAUUAUUUAUAUUUAUGAAUCAAGUCCUGGAAAAGGCUAAGAUGCCUGAAUGAAAUAGCGGCCAUGAUGAAAAACUUCACAGUUGUUAUCCCUGUGAUAGGUUCUCUUAAUUUUGUCAUAUAAAUGGAACAGCAAGUGUUCUCAGGUAUAAGGUUUAUAGCUUGACAAUAUGUAUUCAUUACCAGAGCUUCAGAUUCACAUUGAGUUAGUGAGUUUUUUCUUACUUUUGUUUUUUUCCUGGCAAUAUAAUUCCAUUUAAAAAUUUUGUCACAAGAAAUGGACUGCUUCUUUAACGAUAAAAUCAUUUUGCCAUGUCAGAAGACACUUUUUCGGAAGAAGAUAUCUGGGAAUACAGAUCCAAAAGAAAACCAAAACCAGUACAUCCAAAUAAUUGCUCUGAAAAUAUUCCAACAUCUUUUGAAAAAGCAACAGAUAGAAAAUACCAGUCAAAACGAAACAGAAACAAAACAAGAACCGUAGAAGCUAAAGGAAAGGUGAAGAACCAUGAAAUGUGCCUUGGAGAAACAGAUUGUAAGACUUUUGUAGCUUCUAGUCAGACUUCAAGUUGUGGAGAUGGUAUUCAGCAGUCCCAGGACAAGGAGACCACUCCAGGAAAGCACAGUAGAACUCACAAAACCAAACAUGUGUCCCCAAAGAUACGUCCAGUUUAUGAUGGAUACUGUCCAAACUGCCAGAUGCCUUUUUCCUCAUUGCUAGGUCAAACACCUCGAUGGCAUGUUUUUGAAUGUUUGGAUUCGCCGCCAGUCUCUGAAACAGAGUGUCCUGAUGGUCUUCUUUGUACUUCAACAAUUCCUUCUCAUUACAAGAGAUACACUCACCUCCUGCUAGCUCAAAAUAGGGCUAGUAAUAAUCCUGUUAGUGGCCCAUCACAUAAGUCAGGUGAUAGUUUCAGUGAGACUAAUUCAGGCUUUGUUUGUAGCCUUGAGGAAAGAUGGUUGCCACAGCAGAAACAAACUGAGAACUUAAAAAAUGUUCCAAAUGAUCCCUUGUUGAUGACACAGUGUCUAAGGAAAUCUCAGUCUCCAGCUGAAACCAAUAAGAUUUCCUGUUCUACAAAUAUCCAGACGUCCCAUCGAGCUCUACAGUUUACAGAAUUGGUUAAGAAUGACAAACUAGUAGGAGUUGGUUUGCCUCUUGCAGAUGAAGAAUUAGACAGCCGAAACAACUCAGAACACACAAAUUUGCCAUUGCCAGAAAAUGAUUUAAGCAACUGUGAAAUCUCCUAUUCUCCACUUCAAAGUGAUGAAGAAACUUAUGAUGAAAAUUUGGGUGAUUCACAACAGGAACUAUUUUUUAUCAAAAGCUCUAAAGAUGGCAGCCUACAAGAAGAUGACAACAGCUCUACUUUGUUUAAAAAACUCCAUGGUCCCUUACUGGAGGACCAGGAGGAGAGCUGCCCUGAAGUGAAUAGCUUCUUAACUCAGAAUAAGUACAAUGAAGAAUUGGAUAGCUAUAGUACUUUAAAUGAUUUGUCUCAACCUAUCUCCUCAAAUAAUGACAGUAUUAUUUUGUAUGAUGAUCCAACAUAUACUGAUGAUUAUUUUAUGUUGUUUUCACGUGCAUUAGCAGAGGAGCUUCCUGCUUCAAAUUAUCAAGCCACUAAAGCAAAACCCGAUGGGCCAGAAUUUCACUCAUCUCAAUCAAAUAAACAGAAACAGGUACUUGAAGAAUCAGCUGUUUACAAUCAAGUUUCUCUUCCGUUACUUAAAAGUGAAAUGUCAAAACCUUUUGAAAGCCAGGGAGGAAGGUAUCUUUCUUUCCAUUCAACCCAAAGUAAAAUUAGAGAAUUAUCAAGUGAGAACUUCAGUGCUAAGAACGGUACUAACUCAGCUUGUUUCUGCAGAAAGGCAUUGAAUAGAACACUAGAUGGUAAAGUUACAGGUUUAAAUACACAAAAAUUUUCUGGUAUAACUACUGCUGCUAAGUCUUUGGAAAUAUUGCCCUCUGGUCCUAAGGGGGAUGCAAGACAUCCUUCUACCAAGGUAAUGAAGCAAAUGGAUAUAGGUAUGUAUUUUGGACUACCACCCAAAAGAAAAGAAGAGAAAUUGCCGGGUGAAAGUGCAUUAGAAGGGAUGGACUUAAGUCCAGCUGUAAGUCCUAAUGAAAAGAGGUCCCGGCAAUGCAAGCGGAAAGCAGAAAAAUCUUUAAAUGAGUUAGAAUUUGAGGCAAAGAAUUUAAGUGAGAGUUGGCUCUUUGUGGAACUUUCUGGUGAGAGGACACAGCAUCAAAGAAAGAGACGGAAAAAGUCAAAUUCACUACAAGAAGGAGCACACCGGAGUAGGUCAGAUCGCAUUAUUCACAGUACCACACCUGAAACAGUCAAUUUAAGUAAAGACAAAGUCUUCAUAAAAUCAGCUCAUGACAGACGGCGGAGAUGGAAUACAAAAAUCUCAGAGUCAUCUAAUGCAGGAGAAUUAAGAAAAAAGACAUGUCCAUUCUAUAAGAAAAUACCUGGGACUGGCUUCACUGUUGAUGCCUUUCAGUAUGGUGUCAUUGAAGGUUGCACAGCCUAUUUUCUCACGCAUUUUCAUUCUGAUCAUUAUGCUGGGUUGUCUAAAAACUUCACCUUUCCAGUUUAUUGUAGUGAGAUAACUGGCAAUUUGUUGAAGAACAAGCUUCAUGUGCAAGGAAAAUAUGUCCAUCCACUGCCCAUAGACACUGAGUGCAUAGUGAAUGGUGUCAAAGUUGUUUUGCUUGAUGCCAAUCACUGUCCAGGUGCUGUCAUGAUUCUUUUUUAUCUUCCUAAUGGUACUGUCGUAUUACAUACCGGAGACUUCAGAGCAGAUCCCAGCAUGGAACGUUCUCUUCUUGCAGCCCAGAAAGUCCACACGCUGUACUUAGAUACAACAUAUUGCAGCCCAGAAUACACCUUUCCGUCUCAGCAAGAGGUUAUCCAGUUUGCCAUCAACACUGCCUUUGAGGCUGUAACACUAAACCCACGUGCUCUUGUUGUCUGUGGCACUUAUUCUAUUGGAAAAGAGAAAGUCUUCUUAGCCAUUGCAGAUGUUUUAGGUUCGAAAGUGGGCAUGUCCCAGGAAAAAUACAAAACAUUACAGUGCCUCAAUAUACCAGAAAUUAAUUCCCUCAUUACUACAGACAUGUGCAGUACAUUGGUUCACCUUCUCCCAAUGAUGCAAAUUAAUUUUAAGGGUUUACAGAGUCAUUUGAGGAAGUAUGGUGGGAAAUAUGAUCAGAUUUUGGCUUUUCGACCUACAGGAUGGACACACUCUAACAAGUUAACCAGUAUAGCAGAUGUUAUUCCCCAGACCAAAGGAAACAUUUCAAUAUAUGGAAUUCCUUACAGUGAACACAGCAGCUACCUAGAAAUGAAACGUUUUGUCCAGUGGCUAAAGCCCCAGAAAAUCAUACCUACUGUAAAUAUUGGCACUUUGAAAUCUAGGAGCACAAUGGAGAAAUAUUUUAAAGAGUGGAUAUUGGAAGCUGGAUGUUGAUGAUAUCUCAGAGGACUCAGAAGUUGUUAAGUACCUUAGUUAUAGCUUGUUAGCUAAAUCUGGUGAAAUGAAAUACACUUUAUGUGAAAAACCUCAUGAAGAUCACUCAUAUAGCUUAUUUUCUCAUUUAUGUUUGAAUAACAGGUUCAUGAUACUGAAUGCCUCACAGCAUCAUCAAAGAUAACCAAGGUUGGGUCUCACUAGUAUCCUUAAUUUCUUGCCCUCUCCCCAACCCAAUAGAGGCAGUUAUAUUCUGCAUCAAGCCUUAGGAGAAGAAACAAAGGCAGGUUCAGGGACCAAAAGGAUUCGUGAUAAUAGAUAAACUAGACUGAAGAAUUAUAUAUAAGUAACUAUAUAGCUUUAAAAUUAUGAGAUAAUAUUUUUAUGUGAUAUGUAUACUUAAAUAAAAAUUAAUAUAAAAUUCA